CGGAUUGUGUAGACAUAAAUCCAUAGUUUUGUGUUUUCUUUAUUCGCCUCGGAGUUUCCUCUCAAAUUGCAGUUGGCAAAUUGGCAUGGUCGCCUUCUGCUUUGAGCUUCGACUGCUCCGCAAACUUUAAACCACACACAUAUGAACCAUCGUUCUUCUCAAUCAUCCAUUCUUCAAUCCUUUCACAUCUUAAUCCAUUCAUGCUUCGCAUUUUCUCCUUUCACCAUUAUAAAUUAGCUAACUAUUUGCUUCAAAUUGGAUCUUGAUUGCUCAGUAAAUGGCGAAUGCAUCUGGGUUUUUCACUCCAACUAUGAGAAUCUCUUCAUCUAUUAAUCUCAAUCGUUCUGGGUUUCGUUGCCCUGAUGUAAUCUCCAAAAGGAUACGCUGCUCCAGUACUUCUCAAGGAGUUGAGAGUUUUUCCCCUCCUGAAUCUCGUUCGCCCAGGCUGGUAAGCAAGGGUUGCAAACUAGUUGGAUGUGGAUCAGCUGUACCUCAUCUCCAGAUUUCUAACGAUGAUCUUGCUAAAAUUGUUGAUACUAAUGAUGAAUGGAUAUCUGCAAGAACUGGAAUUCGUAACAGACGAAUUCUUACAGGUAACGAAAGCAUGACUGGUCUUGCUGUAGAAGCAGCUCAAAAAGCAUUAGAAAUGGCAGAAGUCAAACCUGAUGAUGUUGACCUUAUCUUAUUGUGUACAUCAACCCCAGAAGAUCUAUUCGGUGGUGCUCCACAGAUUCAAAAAGCACUUGGAUGUAAAGGGAAUCCACUUGCUUUUGACAUUACAGCUGCUUGUAGUGGAUUUGUAUUAGGCUUAGUUUCAGCUUCUUGCUACAUUCGAGGUGGUGGUUUCAAGAAUGUACUUGUGAUUGGAGCAGAUUCACUCUCACGUUUUGUUGAUUGGACAGAUAGAGGGACAUGCAUUCUCUUUGGUGAUGGAGCUGGUGCUGUUCUUGUCCAGGCAUGUGACAGCGAAGAGGACGGUUUAUUUGGUUUUGACUUUCACAGUGAUGGAGAUGGCAACAGGCACCUGAAUGCUGGAAUCAGAGAAAGUACAACAAACGAUGCACUGGGUACAAACGGAUCAGCUCUAGGGUUCCCUCCUAAUCAUUCAUCUUUUUCAUGUAUAAAAAUGAAUGGAACAGAAGUGUUUCGGUUUGCUGUGAGUGUUGUCCCACAGACAAUUGAGGCCUCACUAGCAAAAGCUGGUCUUAAUCGGUCAGAUAUCGACUGGCUACUGCUCCAUCAGGCGAACCAGAGGAUCAUUGAUGGGGUGGCAACAAGAUUGGAGGUGCCAAAAGAUAGAGUGAUAUCGAAUCUUGCAAAGUAUGGGAAUACAAGUGCAGCUUCAAUCCCUUUGGCGUUAGAUGAAGCAGUUAGAAGUGGGAAAGUCAAACAAGGUCAAACUAUUGCCACUGCUGGAUUUGGUGCUGGCCUUACAUGGGGUUCUGCUAUACUCAGAUGGGGGUAGAAUUGUCUUUUUACAAUUAUUGGUUUGUGUACUUUGAGUGGGAAGAAAGGAAGAAUGAAGAAAGAUGUUGUGAAGUUUGUAUGAAAAAAAUUCCAAAAUCUUGAUCAUUUUUGUGAGGGUGAAGAGGUUUUUUUUUUUAAUGUUUCAUUAUCAUGUUCUUAGUUGUGAAGUAGC